AUGAGUUCAAGAAUUGGAGCCUUUAUGCUCCUGAUCUUGCUUUUCUUCCAAACUUGUUCUGUUUCUGCACUCACAAAUGGUUUAGACGGUUCUGCUUUACAAGCCUUGAAGGCUGAAUGGACCAAGGCUCCUGAGAAUUGGGAAGGUGCUGAUCCUUGUGGAACCGGUUGGGUUGGAAUUACAUGUAGCAAUGAUCGUGUCGUUUCAAUAUCACUAGGUAAUCUUAACUUGGAAGGAAAGCUUUCUGGAGAUAUUUCAGCCUUGACUGAAUUGCAGAUCUUGGAUUUAUCAUAUAACACUAAAUUGUCAGGACCUCUUCCAUCAAAUAUUGGUGACCUUAAGAAACUGAGGAACUUAAUCCUUGUGGGAUGCAGUUUCAGUGGUCAAAUCCCUGAGUCCAUUGGUUCUCUAGAACAACUUAUCUAUCUCUCCUUGAAUUUAAAUCAAUUCAGUGGAACAAUUCCCUCUUCCAUUGGACGGUUAUCAAAGCUAUAUUGGUUCGAUAUAGCUGACAAUCAGAUUGAAGGAAAGAUUCCAGUUUCAAAUGGGACUGAUUCACCUGGACUUGACAUGCUUCUUGAAACUAAGCACUUCCAUUUUGGGAAAAACAAGCUUUCAGGGGAAAUCCCGGACAAGCUCUUCAGCUCAAACAUGACUUUGAUACAUGUGCUAUUCGAUGGAAACCGAUUCACAGGGACAAUCCCAAAGACUCUCAGCCUCGUUAAAACGUUGACAGUGUUACGUCUUGAUAGGAAUGGAUUAAGUGGAGAGAUUCCUUCAAGCCUGAGUAAUCUCACAAAUCUUAACGAACUGUAUUUGGCCAACAAUAGAUUCACAGGUAGUCUUCCAAACUUAACCAGCUUAACCGGUCUCUUCACAUUAGAUGUGAGCAAUAACACUUUGGAUAGCUCAACUAUUCCAUCAUGGAUCUCUUCAUUAAGCUCUCUAGCAACAAUACGAAUGGAAGGGAUCCAACUAGUUGGUCCAAUACCAAUCUUCCUCUUCAGCCCUGCUCAAUUGCAGACUGUUAUCUUAAAGCGAAAUCGGAUAAACGAAACCUUGGACUUUGGUACCAACUACAGCAACCAGUUGGAGUUUGUGGAUUUACAAUACAAUGAAAUUACAGCUUACAAACCGCCAACAAAUAACAAACGCAUCCAAGUAAUAUUGACAGAUAAUCUAGUGUGCCAAGAAGUGGGGAACGCGCCGGGUUAUUGCUCAUCAGUUCAGCACAAUUCAUCAUACUCCACCAUUCCAACAAGCUGUUCUCCAUGUGAUCAAGGCAUGGAAGCGAGUCCUUCGUGCCGCUGUGCGUAUCCGUUCACAGGAACACUCUUCUUCAGGUCUCCUUCCUUCUCAGGGUUUUUCAACUCCACAAACUUUGAAACUCUCCAGCGGGGGAUAGCUGCUUUCUUCAAGAAGUUUGGUUAUCCGGUGGACUCUGUGGCGGUCAGAAACAUAAGAGAGAAUCCAAAUGAUCAUCAGCUUCUGAUAGAUCUCUUGGUGUUUCCACUUGGCAGAGAAAUUUUUAACAUGACCGGAAUGUCACAUGUUAAUUUUGCGUUUAGCAACCAGACUUAUAAGCCUCCUAGUGUCUUUGGUCCUUACAUUUUCAGAGCCAACCCAUACAACCACUUCGCUGAUGGAGAAGGUUCCAAGUCAUCAAACAUGGCCAUUAUUAUAGGAGCAGCGGUUGGUGCUGUGGUUCUUCUGCUGCUGUUAACUAUUGCCGGAAUCUACGCUCUCAGGCAGAAGAAGAGAGCACAGAGAGAAACUAAUCAGAAUAACCCUUUUGCCAAGUGGGAUACAAGUAAGAGCAGUAUUGAUGCUCCUCAGCUAAUGGGAGCAAAAGCCUAUAGUUUUGAAGAGCUAAAGAGAUGUACAGACAAUUUUUCAGAGGCCAAUGAUGUUGGAGGUGGAGGUUAUGGCAAGGUGUACAGAGGAAUUCUUCCCUCUGGACAACUCAUAGCGAUCAAAAGAGCUCAACAAGGAUCUUUACAAGGAGGGUUAGAGUUUAAAACUGAGAUUGAGCUUCUUUCAAGGGUCCAUCACAAGAAUGUUGUCAGACUUUUGGGUUUCUGCUUUGAUCGAAGUGAACAAAUGCUUGUGUAUGAGUACAUUCCAAAUGGCUCUCUUAGAGACAGUCUCUCAGGGAAGAGUGGGAUAAGACUUGAUUGGGCAAGAAGGCUAAGAAUAGCACUUGGUUCAGGGAAGGGUAUUGCUUAUCUUCAUGAGCUUGCUGAUCCUCCAAUUAUACAUAGAGACAUAAAAUCAAACAACAUAUUACUUGAUGAGAAUCUAACUGCGAAAGUUGCCGAUUUUGGCCUCUCAAAACUAGUUGGUGAUCCGGAGAAAACUCAUGUGACAACACAAGUGAAAGGAACCAUGGGCUACUUGGAUCCUGAAUACUACAUGACGAAUCAAUUGACGGAGAAGAGCGACGUCUAUGGUUAUGGUGUGGUGAUGCUUGAGUUAUUAACCGGUAAAAGUCCAAUAGAGAGAGGCAAAUACGUUGUGAGAGAGGUGAAGACAAAGAUGAAUAAAUCAAGAAGCUUGUAUGACUUGCAAGAACUGCUUGACACGACGAUCAUUGCAAGCAGCAGCAAUCUGAAAGGGUUUGAGAAGUAUGUAGAUUUGGCUCUGAGAUGCGUGGAGGAGGAAGGAGUGAAUAGACCAUCUAUGGGUGAGGUUGUUAAAGAGAUUGAGAACAUUAUGCAGCUUGCAGGGUUAAACCCUAACGUAGAUUCAGCAUCGAGUUCGAGAACGUAUGAAGGAGCUUCUGGUAAUCCUUAUGGCAAGGACUCGUUUGAUUACAGUGCAAAUUUCCCAGACUCAAAGGUUGAGCCACAAUGA